AUGGGAGGUUCUGCUCAAGCCGACGCCGGAGAAAUCUGCCUCGAAAAAAAUGACGACGCAGGAGCUUCUUUCGUUCUCCAGUCCAAGGGGGAGUGGUGGCAUGCUGGUUUCCACCUGACGACAGCUGUCGUGGGGCCCACGAUACUCACUCUGCCCUACGCUUUUCGGGGGCUCGGUUGGGUGCCCGGGUUCCUCUGCCUCACGGUCAUAGGGGCCGUGACUUUCUACUCAUAUUAUCUCAUGUCGUUGGUGCUGGACCACCGUGAGAAGGGUGGUCGCCGCCACAUACGAUUCCGGGAGCUCGCUGCCGAUGUCUUGGGAUCUGGGUGGAUGUUCUAUUUGGUCAUAUUUAUUCAGACAGCAAUCAAUAUUGGCAUCUGCAUAGGAGUUCUUCUGUUUGCAGGGGAAUGCCUCCAGAUCAUGUACAUGGGAAUUUAUCCGGAAUCGUCUUUGAAACUGUACCACUUCAUAAUGGUGGUGACGGUACUUAUGAUGCUUAUGUCGCAAUUUCCGAGCUUCCAUUCGUUGAGGCACAUUAACCUCGGCUCGCUUUUAUUGAGCAUGGGCUACACUUUUCUUGUGGUGGUCGCGUGCAUUAGCGCCGGUACCUUAACAAAUGCGCCUCAAAGGGACUACUCUUUAGAAGUAUCUGAAUCAUCUAGGCUUUUCACUGCGUUCAAUUCUAUAUCCAUUUUGGCUGCCAUUUUCGGCAACGGCAACGUUGGCUCCUCCGGCCACUGGAAAAAUGUUUCCGGCUAUUGGGUGUUUGGUAACAAAUCUAACUCCAACAUUCUCAAAAACUUGAUGUCGGACGAGGGGCCUCCCUUGGCUCCCGUGUGGGUUUUGGGCCUCGCCAUCAUUUUCAUCCUCCUUCAGCUUUUCGCCAUCGGCUUGGUCUACUCUCAAGUAGUUUACGAGAUCAUAGAAAAGAAAUCGGCCGGCGUGAACCGAGGCAUCUUCUCCAUACGAAACCUGAUUCCGAGAAUCAUUCUUCGUUCGUUGUACGUUACAGUCUGUGGGUCCGUUGCGGCUAUGCUUCCUUUCUUUGGAGACAUUAGUGCUAUUGUGGGUGCAGUCGGUUUCAUCCCUCUCGAUUUCGUGCUGCCAAUGCUCAUGUACAACAUGACUCAUAAACCGACCAAAAAGUCGUUAGCUUAUUGGGUUAAUAGCUCGAUUAUCAUCGUUUUCACCUGCGUUGGGCUCAUGGGGGCGUUUUCUUCGACGAGGAAGUUGGUUCUUGAUGCUAAGGAGUUCAAGCUCUUUAGCAAUGAAGUUGUUGAUUGAUCGUACGGUCUGUGUAGCUAUGUGAUUGUUGUAAAAUUUACACCAUAGAAACUUAACAAGUUAAUAAAAUGCAUAAACUAAUAAUUCUCUUUUCAGUUUAGAGUGUGAUUGGAUAUUUAUAAACUCUACAUUAAAA